AUGUUGGUUACCCUCACCCUCUUUCUGGGGCUGCCCCUUGCCCUGGCCACUGAGCCCCAAAGCUGUGCCCCGCUCAUCCCAGUCACCUUCGACAGCAGCACCAUCCCUCAGCUCCUGGGACAGUGGUUCUACAUUGCUGGUGCCUCCAGGCAUCCCCCUCACCUGGCAGAGCUGAGAGCAGUGACGUUUGAGGCUUUUUCCUUCUCUCCUGGCAACCAUGAGGACGAGCUCAACAUCACUGAAAUCAUAAGAAUGAAUGAGACAUGUGUGGUGAGGAACUCCAGCAAGGUCCAGGUCUUUCAGCAGAACUCCACUCUGAUGCACGUUGAUAAUAAUGACGUGGUUUCCAUGGCCAGACUGAUCCAAAGUGACAAAGACCUGCUGAUCCUGAACCACAUCAACAUUGACUUCCCAAAUCUGAGUCUCUCAGCACGGACACCCAGUGUGAGCAAGGAGCACAUGGAGGAGUUCAAAGCUCACCUGCAGUGCCUGGGCUUCACUGAGGAGGAAGUGUUCUACACUUCCACAGAGCAUGCCUGUCCCCUGCCUGGGGGUGAAGACAAUGCAGAUCCACAGCUGGGGUAACCCGCAGCUUACCAGGUCAGCUG